GCUCUCUAAUUGGUCAGCCAGGACCUGAAACCGGAAGUGGUUUUGAGCUCCGACGAUCUGAAGCUCGAAGCAAUACUGGAAAACAUUGCUUAUUUUUCAACGUUAAAAGUACAACUGAAACAUUAUCAAAGGCGCUGGGAUGAGUUUAGUGGUUCAUAUUUGGCUUUUCUUCAUCGUUGCUGCGGCUGGAACGGCGAAGAAGAGCGACGGCGAUGAUGAAUGGGUUCAUCUUCCGGACAAUUGUGAAGUGUGCAAGUUCGUCAGCAUCGAGAUGAAGUCAGCGUUUGAAGAAACUGGGAAGACAAAAGAAGUCAUCGACAGAAACUAUCGAUUCAUCGACAGCAAGGGCUCUCCGCCAAUCAAAUACGUCAAGUCUGACCUGCGCUUCAUUGAGGUGGUGGAGAACGUGUGUCAGAGGCUGCUGGAGUACAACCUGCACAAAGAGAGAAGUGGCAGCAACCGCUUUGCCAAAGGGAUGUCAGAGACCUUCUCCACCCUCCACGGUCUGGUCAAUAAAGGCGUGAACGUGGUCAUGGACAUUCCAUUUGAGCUGUGGAAUGAAACGUCAGCGGAGGUGGCCGACCUCAAGAAGAGGUGUGACGUACUGGUGGAGCAGUAUGAGGAUGUGAUUGAAGACUGGUACAAAGGCAACCAGGAAGAGGACCUGACCACUUACCUGUGUGAGAAGCAUGUGCUGAAAGGACAGGAUUCAGCCUGCUUGCAGGAGGCAUGGACACCCAAGAAGAAGGGAGACCAGGCGGCUAUGGCAGAGGACAUGAAGAAGAAGAAGAGAAAGAACAAGAAAGAGGAAGGAGAUAAAGGAGCUGACAGCCAGAAGAAGAAAAAGAAGAAGAAGAAGAGCAAAGCCCCUCUUGAGAGGACAGAAGAAGGGGGGUUGUCAGAUGAGGAUGUCCAGCCUCAGGUGUCUCUCUCUGGGAUGAAGACGGAGUUGUGAGGGAAAACACAAGAGAACUUUAUGCAGAAUCUACAGUGUGUGUGUGUGUGUGUGUGUAGCUGCUAUUUAAGAUGCACAUACGUGUGUUUGUGUUUCUACUGAUUUUUGUUGCUUCGUUUUAAAGCUGUGAGUCUAUCAAUAAAUGUUUUUAA